UUGCUCCUGUAGCCACUCGGCUCCAGAAAGUGUGACUUUCGUCUUUUUUGGCAGUUUGUGUCCUCUCUUCCCUGAUUUAAUAUGGCCGAGGCUGGUUAAUUGUUCUGUCUACAGUUAGGAAAAGAAGGCAGGCUUGCCGUUCUUUCGUCCGCCAUUCUCUCAGCGAUGGCGUUUUUAUCACGGCUCUGGAAAUUGCCAAUUUGCAGAAAUCCGGGUUAUUUAUCUGACUUCACAUCUCAGCGUACUCCCCAGUGCCUGCACAAUCCAUGUGGUCGUUUCCAUUUCUUAGGGUGUCGGUUCGCAGCUUUUUCAACCAGCUCCAAGUCAGCGGUGAAGCCCAAAACAGAAACUGUGGAAAAUGAAGCUGUUGCCCCAGAGUUCACCAACCGAAAUCCCCGGAAUCUGGAGCUCUUAGGUGUAGCCAGGAAGGAGCGGGGUUGGGGGACAGUGUGGCCCUCCCGCGAAUUCUGGCACAGGUUGCGAGUUAUAAGGACUCAGCAUCAUGUAGAAGCCCUUGUUGAGCACUGGAAUGGCCGCGUUGUGGUGUCAGCAUCUACUCGUGAAUGGGCAAUUAAAAAGCACCUUUACAGUACCAGAAACGUGGUAGCCUGUGAGACUAUAGGACGGGUGCUGGCACAGCGAUGCUUAGAGGCAGGAGUCAACUUCAUGGUGUACCAGCCAACCCCUUGGGAAGCCGCUGCAGACUCGAUAAAACGCCUACAAAAUGCCAUGACAGAAGGUGGUAUAGUGCUACAGGAGCCUCGGAGAAUUUAUGAAUGAAAUAGAGACAUUGUUUUGUAAAUAUAAAACUGUUGGCUACAUUGGCCAUUGAAAGAAAGCAUCUGGAAGAAAAAGCAUCUUGGAGUUUCAUAACAAUAAUGUAACAGUGGGAAAUUAUUUGUCGUUAAGCUUGGUUUGUAUGUGUCUGUAUGUGGUUUUUUUUUAAUCAAUGGCUAAAUUCUUCCCCAUUUUUGGAUAUGAAACACAUAUCUAAGGAAAACAUCAGCAAUUAUAGCUUUUAAAGGAAAAGUAAAAAUUUGUAAGAUAGAAAAUAAAAGUAUAAUAACUUC